AUGGCGCCCCUCGAGACCGAAUCCUCUUAUCGCGGCACUCCGGACCCAGAAGGCGAUUCACAAUCAUCAUCGAGUAACUCGCCUGCUCGCGCAGAUUAUGAAGAGUCUGACUUCUAUGUCGGCAAUAACGACUCGCAGUCUUCUAUCGGAGUGCCCACAUUCUCAGAUAUGGCCGUGUCUGAGGAGAGCUGUGUAGCAGCUUCAAACCGCCUGCCUGCGGAGGUUCUUAUCGGCAUAUUCUCGAAACUCAGUAGUCCACACGACUUGUUGACCUGUAUGCUUGUGUCGAAGAGGUGGGCGCGAAAUAGUGUUGAUCUACUUUGGCACCGACCUGCUUGUGUGACUUGGACCAAGCACAGCUCUAUCUGCAACACCCUCAUCAAACGAGAACCUUACUUCGCAUACCGGGACUUCAUCAAGCGACUGAACCUAGCCCAGCUUUCGGACCAUUGUAGUGAUGGAAGCGUACUUGCCCUGCAAUCCUGCAAUCGGAUUGAACGGUUGACUUUGACAAAUUGCAACGGGCUGACGGACUCUGGAGUGACGGGACUUCUCGAGGACAGCGAUCAUCUACUGGCUUUGGAUAUAUCUGGGGUUACGGAAGUUACCGAGCUAUCAAUGUUUGCUUUGGCUGAUAAUUGCCAAAAGCUGCAAGGCCUAAACAUUUCUGGCUGCACGAAGAUAUCCAAUCUGUCUAUGACUGCGGUAGCGAACUCCUGCAGAUACAUUAAGAGACUCAAACUCAACGACUGCGAACAGCUCGAAGAUUCCUCCAUUAUAGCAUUCGCAGAAAACUGUCCCAACAUACUCGAAAUUGACCUUCAUUCAUGCAAACUCGUCGGAAAUGACCCCGUUACUUCUCUCGUCACAAAUGGCCAGACAUUGCGAGAACUCCGGCUUGCGAACUGCGAGCUUAUCUCAGAUAUGGCAUUUCUCAACUUAGAAAACGACAAGACUUACGAGCACCUCCGCAUCCUUGACUUGACAAGCUGCGCUCGUCUUACAGAUAGAGCUGUUGAAAAGAUUAUCGAAGUUGCGCCACGGCUGAGGAACCUAGUCUUUGCUAAAUGCAGAAACCUAACGGAUGUGUCAGUCAAUGCCAUUAGCAAGCUUGGAAAGAACCUUCACUAUCUUCAUCUCGGUCAUUGUCAUCACAUUACAGACUCUGCUGUCACUAAGCUCGUGCAGCUCUGCAACCGAAUCAGAUACAUUGAUCUCGGAUGUUGUACCCACCUGACUGAUGCUUCAGUUACAAAGCUCGCCACUCUCCCAAAACUGAGGAGAAUAGGUCUUGUCAAGUGUUCGAACAUCACUGAUCAGAGUGUUUACGCCUUGGCGCAGAGUCGCCUUCGAUACCCUCGCCAUUACCGAAAUGCUGAUGGCGAGCUCUUUGAGCAUAUGGCCGGAAGCAGCCUUGAGAGAGUCCAUCUCUCUUAUUGCACUAAUCUGACUCUAAAUAGCAUUGUUGUUCUUCUAAAUAACUGCCAGAAGCUGACUCAUUUGAGUUUGACUGGCGUCCAAGCCUUCCUUCGAGCUGAUCUAGAGCAGUUUUGUCGAGACGCCCCUGCCGAAUUUACAGAACACCAAAGAAAUGUAUUCUGUGUCUUCUCGGGAGUUGGUGUGAACGGCCUUCGACACCACCUGAAUAACCUUCAACCUGGCCAAGGUGGAUAUGAUCCAAAUAGCGCCGAUGAUGACGACGAUGAUCAGACUAUGACAGGCAUGAUAGGUGCCACGGCGAUGAUGGGCGCUACUGUUCUGAAUGCCGACGACGAGGACGCCGACGGUGAUGAAGAACUAGAGGAUGCGGAUGGAGAUAACAACCAGACAUGA